AUGAGCACAAUCGCCCAGAAAGGGCUCCUGGCCUUGUCGAUUGUGUUCAUUUUGGUCGGGCUGGGGCUCACGAUUGCCGGAGCGUUUUCACCAGCAUGGCAGGUGGUCGACAUUCGUGAAUUCAGAGCUGAACACCAGCACGGACUAUGGUGGGAUUGUAUCCGAGCCGAGAAGCACGUAGUUGCCGUCGGCGACUUCUACGAUGAAACUCCUCUUCACUGUAUGUACAAGUUUGAUAAUUCUGCUGAACUAGUCAUUGAGAAUACACUGAACAACAUAGACGAGGACGGUGCGGCUGGUGAAAGUGAACAUCAUCGAUUCAUGGCCUGGCACAAAGCGAUUUUAUUCUUCAUCAUCACUUCUCAGUUACUCGCAUUCAUUUCUAUCUGCACAGGCAUCUGCGCCACAUGCUUCCCUCCAACCGCUUUCGUUUUUACCAUCUCACUUUUCCUUGCUUUGAUUUGUUCACUGAUUGCUGACGGUGUAUUCUUCUUAGCGGCGAAUCGCGUCGACAAUAGAUUUGUACAAGGAAUGGUCGGCACUUAUGAGCAACGUAUCGGCUACGCCUUCUAUUUGCAUGUAAUGGGUACGAUAUGUUGGGCGGUAGCUUUCAUUUGCGCCCUCACCACCACCUAUAAGUUCAUCUACGGUGGUCAUCCGAGAAACAGGUAA